UUGGCUGGAAAUCCUGGAGGCGUCUAUUGAUUGGACGGUGAACUCAUCGUAAAGACUAGUUCAGGAAGUGAUAUUUGUCGUAAUUCAGAAUGUCCAAAAGGAAAGUCACGUUUCAAGAUGGUGAUGAGGAGUUUAAUUUGGAUGACGAGGUACCGAAAAAGAAGGUAAGAGAUUGUAUGUAUGAUGAGGUGAGUGGACCUGGCUCGAGGUUUAAGGAGAAACACUCUCUGGAUAGUGACGAGGAAGACGAAGGAGAGGAUGGAGAGAAGAAUAGCAAAUACAACAUCCUGGCCAGUGAUGAUAUCGAAGGACAGGAAAUGGCCACAAUCGACUGUGAUGAAGGAGUUCCGAUCACUCCCUUCAACCUGAAAGAGGAAAUGGAGGAGGGUCACUUCGACUCCGAGGGAAACUACUUCAUCAAGAAAGAGAAAGACAUCAGAGACAACUGGCUGGACAACAUUGACUGGGUAAAAAUCAAAGAGCAGCCAGUGAAAAAGAAAAAGAAAGGACUCUCGGCCAAGCGUCGUCGCCGAGCCGGAGAUGAGGACGAGGCUGAGGAGGAGAAACAGCGGGAGGAGAAACAGAAUGAGGAUGAAGAUGAGGAAGAGGAGGAGAGCGAGGCUCAGGAAGACCCACUAGCCUCUUACACACCGUGGCAGCUUACUGAGGCCGUGGUGAACCUGCUGCAGCCUGGAGAGACCGUCUCUGCCGCGCUCCGCAGACUUGGAGGACUGGGAGCACGGAAGAAGAAGGGACGAGCACAGAACGGAGCGGAGGAGGAGAAGAGAAACGAGACGUCGAUCAGAGACACGGAGAAGCUGGACAGGCUCACGGCACUGGCUGACAGACUGGUGGUGCUGGGGGAGUACGAGAUUUAUCAGCAGACGUACGAAAAACUGGCAUACAAACUGAAAGGGAUGCAGCAGAGAGACACGGCGUCCAAACAGGACGAGGAGGAAAAGGACGAGCUGGACAUGUUCGCCGAUCAGUUUGACGAGCAGCACGGCAAGAAGAAGGACGAGGAAGCACAUAGUGGAUUCGUGAACGACGAGGUGAUGUGGGAGUACAAAUGGGAAAACAAGGACAACUCUGAACUCUACGGACCCUUCAGCAGCCAGCAGAUGCAGGACUGGGUCGAUCAGGGCUACUUUAAAGACGGCGUGUACUGCAGACGGGUCGACCAGGAGGGUGCGCAGUUCUACAACUCCAGAAGACUGGAUUUCGAACUUUAUACGUGACUCGAUCACGUGCUCUGUAACGUCAUUUCCCGUUCACUUUUAAUGAGAGAGUGUUUUUGUUUUUCCCAUUUUAUCUACAAUUUUAAUGUAUUUCCCCCCCCCGAUAUUCAUGUGUAUUAAACAGUGAGGUUGCAUGACGUCAUCACACCAUUUGAUACCAUGUAUAUUUGUUUUAAAAUAAAGAUUUUGGUGACUUGCCAGAUCAAUGA